CAGAUUCUGUGUCUAGCCCCCCUGCCCCUUCUCCUGAUCUCGAACAAGGCUUUGACGCCUUUAUCAAAAGUAUCAAAACUCGAUAGCAUGGGAGAUGGCUCCUCGGCGAAGCGGCAACUCCCGCGCCGAUCUGGCCCCAAAAAUAAACGCAUCACAAGAGCCGACAUCAACGAGAGAAACCACCAGCAUACAUCUGGAAUAAAAUGCUCAACACCGAUUUGUCCCACGGCUCUCGCGUGAACCUGUAAAUAGGGCUAUGGAAUGCCUUCCUUCUUCACUUUCCAGCAAGGCACCGAAUCGCGGGGCUCGAACAACGAAUCUUCUCCCCUCCUCGGACGCUUUCGCGCCGUCCCGCGCAACCAGCGAAAUAGCGUCGUAACCUUCUCGCAGACGGGUUUCUCGAGGCCGGGUUUAGGGCUAGGCUAUGAUUCAAUAUUUGGGGACGGGGAGAGAGACGGGGAGGUCGGCGAUGAGGGCGAGGAGGGAGAGGAGGGGGAGGAGACCGGCGCAUUAAGGCGGUGGGCGAGGUUGAUGAGAGAUCUUUGGAUAGAACCUAAGCAGGCGGUCGUUGCGAGGGUGGUGCGCAAAUGGUGGAAGAGGUGGCUUGUCCUUGCUGUUCUGCCAGCUCUUCUGGCUGUGGCGUGGUGCGCGUUACCGUUUCCCCAGUACGAGUUACCAGAUGACGACGACGAUGAUGGACUGGUUCUUAAGCCAAGCCCACUGGGACAUAAGAUACCAGGUCAUGGAGAAGCGCGGGUUGAGAUCAACUUCUGGUUCUUCCUGUUCGUAUACUACGGGUUGUACAAUAUUACUGCUUUGAUGUGGAUCACGAAGGUGUUCAAUAUUUACAGUCUCAACUGGUGGCCACAAAGUUUAGGCUUUCCCUUGACAGUCUCAGUAAUUGCAGUUAUCUCGAUCAUAGGUCCGAUGCCCAUAUAUUGCUUCCCACAGACCCUAUUCAUCGCACACCACAACACAUCAUGGAUAUGUUGGACAUUUUUUAUCAUGUCCAUGCCCCUCAUAAUAGCCUUUGCCAUCCUCCUCAACCACGAGCGACAUCUCGGCCUUCGACACUCCCUCUCCGAGACCCAACGAAUUUUUACCUCCUCUUGGUGGACUGGCGACUCAGAUACCCUAUCAGCCAGGGACCGAGCACGCAGACCACCGGCGAGCCAAGGGACUUUUGAUCCAGAUGCCCCGCUUGACGUGGUUCUGGCUUCAGACAUGACUAACUAUACUCGUGAGCGAGCUCUGACAUUGAGAAAGCGAUGGCUCCCGGCGAGCUUCGUGAGGUUUAUAUGGUUUUGCACGGCGCUGUUUAUAGGCAUGAUGGCCUACGUACUAGGAGAGUCAUAUGCGGAGAUUUAUCUAAGAACUUUGCCGCAUAACACCAUCGAGACGAUCUUCUACGUUUAUAGUUGGGUCAUUACGGUCCAUUUACUAGAUGGAUUAGUCGGAUGGAUAUUAGGCGGUAACGAAGGACAGAGAGUAGGGAGCUAUCCCUUGGGAUGGAUAUUCAAACUCUACUUCUCCCUGACCUACCAAACAUACGUCCGCGCCCUAUAUGCGCGCCUCCGCUCUCCCGCGCAAUUCGUCUUUCUCCAAAUCCUCUCAUCCUCCUUCCUCAUCAUCCUCGGGCCCCUCACCAUGUCCGCCCCCUUCCACUCCCUCCUCACGCUCCUCUCUAUCAACGGCCAGACCCUCCAAUCGUACCAGAAGUUCUGCGCCCGCAACGUCUUCAUCCGCUCCCUCUCCGAAUCCGUCAGCAUGCUCACUUUUCUCGGAUCCAUCCUCGUCCUCCACUACGGGAGCAACAAGGACGUCUACCCCUACUUCGCCUUCGACCAGGAGCAGACGCCCACCCCCGUCCCCCCGCCAGGAAACGGAUCCCCCGCUCUCCCCAUCGGCGGCAGUGGCGAGGGCUACAACUUCCAGCUCACCCUGUACGCUAGUAUGGUGACCUGGGCAUGCGAGAUCGUGGCCGGCUGGAUCGUGAGGCGCAUCCUCUGGCUCGGCUGGAAGAUGGACGUCACGGGCGAGGCGCGCACUGAUCUGGCCAUGUGGCCAGAACUGCUCCCUACCGGCGUGAUAGUCAUGGUGCACGUGUUACAGAACAUGCUGUUCUCCAUCGCAAGACUGCGGUUCCAUUAAUCGAUCGAACCUUCCCCCUCCUCACCAGUUCACGCGGCAGGAUAUUAGAAUCGGGUCAUUUAGGGAGCGUGGAGUUUAGCGUCGUUUUCUUAGUUUCUUAAAUCUGGGUAUUUCCUUUUUACUUCCUCCUCUCGUUGUUUUGUUUGAAUGAAUAUAUACCCCUGAGUAUCGAUUAUACUGCAUUUGGAAGAUAACGAACGCACGGUUUUCAAGAGGUCAGGGGAUGAUCUUUCUGGCCUUUCCUUCUUCAUUCACGAUACCUAUAUACCUAUAUAUAUCUCGAUCUAUAUCUAAAUCCCCCCCAUUUACUUACUUACUUAAUUAAUACCUACCUACCU